AUGAUAGCUACUAAUCAAAUCCAAAUAGGGAGAGGUACUGAUCCAUCUGAUCCACAGUCUGUCAUCAGGAUCAUCGAAGAUCGCUUUACUAUAAGAUCUUCUGAUGAUGUCUAUGUAGAAACCAAUCGGAUGUGGAUGGCUGUCAUAGGCGGACUUUACGAAACCAAUCUCUUCACAGAUGUUGACAUCUUUGCUAUUGAUCUCUCAAGUGCAUGUUUCUCAAAUCCCUGUCUAAACGGAGGUACUUGUAAUCACCUUCCUGAUGGCGGAUACCGAUGUGACUGCAUGGAUACCUUUACCGGACUCAACUGUGAAAUAGCAAACACUAAUCCUUGUAUCGAUCAAGAUCAGUGUGUCCAUGGUGUCUGCAUUAAUGUAGGACAAGGACAGUAUGAGUGCGAAUGCCAAGAUAAUUAUGACGGGAUUCAUUGUGAUGAACCCAUUCUUCCAAUAGAGGUUUCUCACCAUCCGUCCAGCCAGAUAGUCAAUGUCAAUGCCAAUGUGAAUCUGGUAUGCGGUUUCAACCAUGCCAAGCAGUACCACUGGUACAAAACUGUCAGGAAAGAAGGCGACGGUGUCCUUUUGCCAGACAGUGAGAAUCGGAAUCCAUUGAUAAUCAUGUCUGCUUCGCACAAUGACAUCGGGUAUUACUUCUGUAGAGGCGAAGGUAGAAAUGGAGAAAUUUUGGAGACGACACGAGCAUCUGUAUAUCUACGAGAUCUAACCAAUAUACAAGUUUUGAAUGUACGGUUUGCUAUACCAUUUCGCGAAGAGCUUCAUGACCAAACUUCCAUGAUAUAUAAAGAAACGGCUUCCAAUAUCACCAACUUUAUGGAAAAAGGCCUAAGAUCAAAUACAGGUCUAGAAGGCGUUUUGGUAGUAUGUAGGGCGCUAAGACCAGGAAGUAUCGAGGCUGAUUUGAAUAUCUACCUUGAUAAAACCAAUAUGUCUGCAAUGGAUACAGAACAUCUAAUCGGUGAUUCUAUUCAAAGCAUGGCAGAAAACUCCCCUUAUAAAAAUCGGUCCAACGGUUUUCUAGAUUCAUCGGUGAUUUCGGUUCAAAAUAAAGCAAUUUGCCGGAAUAUAUCGUGGAUUUCUCCGCGUUUCGAGAGGGUCGGAUUUCCAGUUGGUGAAAACGGAACAUGGGCAAACUCAACAGGGAGAUGUCCUUUCAACACUACACAAGCUGAUGGACCAAUCGGACGAGCACUUUGUAUCGGAGAUGGUAUUUCACAGAGUCGGUGGCAACCUAUGGAUAAUUGUGGACCUUUUAGAAAUGUUACAGAUAUUCUCACAGAAAUUGCAGAGGCAAGCAUAAGUGAAGAAAACGCUGGGGAAGUGAGCCAACAAGUAGAAGCUGUUUCUUCAAAUAUCGAAGACAUCACAUCUGAUGACGUCACAUUGAUAGCAGAGAUAACAUCGAGUAUUGUACAGCAAAAUGUUACAAAUGAACAGGUAACGGAGGAUCUAACUGGUACUUUAAGUAAUGUAGCAGAGGUAGAAACAGAUAUACUCGUUGCUGCGGAAGAAGCAGUUUCGAAAUUACGAGAGGCUUUUGAGGAGCAAAUCAGCCGUGUUGAGGUUGCCGAUGGUGAGAUGCUCAACAUUCAGCAGCCAAAUGUUGCUGUUCAGAUCCAGAGUGUAUCAGCUGAUGAGGGCAUGGGCGGACUUGUUCUUUCUCUGGCCGGAUCUACUCUUUCUGAUUUGACUAAGGCCAAUUUUACCAUCAGUGCUCUUACUCAAGGUGACCACCAGGACGAUGACAGUAUUGCUUCCAAACCAGACACAAUCGCACAGGUCAUUAUCCCUUCUUCGGUUUCAUCGGCCAUAUCAUCCACGAAUCCUCUUACGGGAUCGUCGUCGAAUGGCAGCGGUGAAUACAUUCGUAUAAACUUCAACGUCUUUUCAACUCCAGCCUUGUUCAUUUCUAAAUCACUGCGCGAAUUCAGUGCAGAUAAUGAAGCCGUGAAUCGGUCAGCUAACACUCCUGUCAUAGCCGUCAGCAUCGAUGGGAGAAGAGUGGAAUCCUUGGCUGAACCCAUUAACUUUACAUUUUUGACAUUAAUGUCUGGAUAUGAUAAUCCUAUGUGUUCAUUCUGGGAUGAUGAGAAAGCAGAUUGGGCCCAAGAUGGAUGUUCACUGAUUUCUAGAGUCGGAUCAACCGAUGAUGAUAUCAAUUAUGCCAACUCUGAAUCAACACAGGAGGGUUCCUGGGAUGAGAGAGUGCGUUGUGCUUGUGACCAUCUUACCAACUUCGCGGUAUUAAUGGAUAUCCGAAUACAGGAUUCCCCAGAGGCGGUAUACAAUAUCUUGACCUAUGUUGGAUGCGGUCUCUCUAUCCUCAGCCUCCUCGUCGCAUUGACAACUUAUCUCUGGAAUAAGGAUUUGAGGGCGAAACAGACCAGUAAGAUCUUUAUCUGUCUAUGUGCAACCUUACUGUGUCUCUACAUAACAUUCGUCAUCAUGAUCUCUCUGGAUUCGAUCAGAGAUUACCGUGAGGUUCAAGCAGGACCUUGUGGGUUCCUUUCAGCCCUUGUACACUACUUCGUUCUCUCCUCUAUUGCAUGGAUGGGAGUGGAAGGAUACAAUACAUAUCUUAUCAUUGUGAAGAUAUUCAACACCUACAUCCCAAAAUUCAUGAUCAAGGCCUGUCUGGCUGCAUGGGGGGUUCCUGCCCUUAUUGUGCUUCUCACAGGGGUUAUUGCCAGAGACACAUACGCCCAUGAUGAUCUGUGUUUCCUACAAUUCUGGGCUCAAAUUGGAGGACUCCUGAUUCCUAUGUCUAUCAUCCUCGUCAUUAACAUCGUUAUCUUCAUCCUGGUCAUUCGUCAGUUGUUCCAGUCAGGAAACGUGGCUGGUCGGGUGAAGAGGGAGGCUGAGGUAGAACGUAGAGAGACCAUUGAACGCGUCCAGAAUGCGAUUUGUAUCUUGCUCCUUCUCGGUCUGACUUGGAUCACAGGUUAUCUUCUGCUUAUUCCAUCAUUCAGUCCGGUGGCUCAGCCAAUCUUUAUCGUACUGAACUCCUUGCAAGGACUGUUCAUCUUCCUACUCUACUGCGUCAGGAAACCUCACAUCCGCAAGAAAUGGGGGCUCACUUGCUUUGACAAGAAGAACGAAGUCAGCACUUCCUCUGGUGGUGUACAGAGUUCACUAAGCCCGUCGAGCGCAUCAGAUGGUGUCAUGAGUACGAUUGGAUUAUUAUCCCAGGGUCUAUCUGAUAAAUUACCAACAAAUAAAGCGGACCAUGUAUCUCUGCACAACCCAGCAUAUGACGUCGGGCAGAUUGCGAAAGACGUUGCCCCACCACUCGACAAUGACGCCCAAAGCUCUAACGAGGGGCAGAAGAGCCAGGAAAGUGAUGCAACGGAUGCUGGGAUGGUUAGUAUCCAUGUUAUUGAACCAACCAAAGAGUACCGGGAAGACGACACUAUGUAGUGCUAAGGCAGUUCUACAGCAGGAUCCAUUGCUAGAUCGACUG